AAGUACAUGGAAACACCAAGAGCAGGCCUGGCUACUGACCUCACUCAGCCAAAAUAGCCUGCUCUCUGCGAAGCAAAGAAAGAGAAUAUUUUAUUCUUGGGUUCCGGCGUUGGAUCAUACACUCCGAAUGAUAAAGGAGUAGUGGAUACUUUAUCAUGGCGCACCUUUCCUUAGCCUUCCCAUCAGCGCCGAAACUGACUCUCUGCUUUCUGCUCUUUCUCCUUGUCUCCUGUGUUGACGCUAUGGUACGAAAAAGUCACUCGACGACAGUGGCUGGAGAAACUUAUGGGAAAUACUAUAAUUAUGUUGAACUAACUGAUCUCCUUCGUUCUUUAUCUCAAAAAUAUCCUUUAAUAACCAAUUUGUCCAGCAUAGGUCAGUCUGUGCAGGGCAGAGAGCUCUGGGUAAUGCGUAUAACCAAGGACCCCCACACGGACACACCGGGGCUGCCCAAAUUUAAAUACGUGGGAAACAUGCAUGGCGACGAGACUGUGUCCAGACAGGUGUUGGUGUAUCUGAUCGAAUACCUUUUGGCCAACUAUGGCGAGGAGCAGCGUGUGACUGAGCUGGUGAAUACAACUGACAUUUACAUCAUGCCCAGCAUGAACCCUGAUGGGUUUGAGAAGUCUAAAGAAGGAGACUGUGCUGGAGACAACGGGGGACGAAAUAAUGCCAAAGACUUUGAUCUUAAUAGGAAUUUUCCUGACCAGUACGCCGAGACAAACGUUAAACUAGAGGACGUCCCUGAAGUUAUGGCUAUGAUGAGAUGGAUACAGGAGAAAAAGUUUGUUUUGUCUGCAAACCUCCAUGGAGGCACAGUAGUUGCCAGUUACCCAUUUGAUGACUCAGCCUCCCAUGAAAGAAGGGGCCACUACAGUAAAGCUGCAGAUGAUGAUCUGUUUCGAUACUUGGCCUUGGUCUAUUCCUCAAACCACCCUGUCAUGAAAACUGGUCAUCCCGAAUGUCCUGACACACAAUAUGAAACCUUUAAAGAUGGCAUCACCAACGGGGCUGAGUGGUAUGAUGUGCCAGGUGGGAUGCAAGAUUAUAACUACCUCUAUGGAAACUGUCUUGAAAUCACUGUGGAAUUAAGUUGCUGCAAGCAUCCCAAGGCUGAUGAACUCCCAAAAGAAUGGUCAAUGAACAGGGAGUCUCUGUUAGCCUACAUGGAGAAGGUCCACAUUGGAGUUCGUGGAUUUGUAAAAGAAGCAGUUGGAGGUGCAGCACUCACUAAUGCAAACAUUAUUGUAGAAGGAAUUCGGCAUAAUCUGACAACUGGAAUGUAUGGAGACUAUUAUCGUUUACUGCUCCCAGGAACAUACAACAUCACAGCUAUGGCACCUGGGUACAUUUCAAUGACAGUCCAAAGUGUACAGGUCUCUAAAGGCAAGGCCACAGAGCUUAAUUUCACCUUGGCGCCUAUCAGUGAAACUGCAGCUUCGACCACAUCAUCGCCACCAAUGACCAGUGAUGCAAACAUAUCCAGCAUUACUAUGGGCUCAACAAAAUCUGCUACAAACAAAUCAGAUUCCUCUGUGGAUAACAAGAACACGCCUCCUGUAUUACCAACUCAGCGGCAGCCAGUCCAGCCUCAAGAAUUUCGGCAUCACAACUUUGCAGACAUGGAGCUAUUUUUGCGCAAGUACAGUAGUGAGUUCCCUGAUAUCACUCACCUGCACUCUGUUGGCCACUCAGUAGAAGACAGAGAGCUUUAUGUGAUGGUCAUCUCAGAUAAUCCCAAAGUUCACGAACAUGGUGAGCCAGAGUUUAAAUAUGUGGCCAACAUGCAUGGCAAUGAGGUUGUAGGCCGUGAGUUAAUGCUUAACCUCAUUGAGUACUUGUGCAAAAACUAUGGCACUGAUCCAGAGGUCACUUCUCUGGUCAAUAAUACUCGCAUUCAUAUCAUGCCUUCUAUGAACCCUGAUGGCUAUGAGAUCGCCACAGAAGGUGAUGUCCAAGGGUAUAAUGGUCGCAACAACAGCAACAACUUUGACUUGAACCGCAACUUUCCAGACCAGUUUGUCACUAUCACAGAGCCCAGACAGCCAGAAACGACUGCUGUAAUGAAUUGGCUGAGGAGUAUUCCUUUUGUUCUGUCAGCAAACCUUCACGGAGGUUCCUUGGUAGUCAAUUAUCCUUACGAUGAUGACAAAGAAAUGGUAACUCAGUACAGUCAGUGUCCCGAUGAUGACGUCUUUCAGCAGUUGUCCAGAGCCUAUUCACAGGAAAACCCUAUGAUGCACAAUGGUCACCCUUGUGAGAACUUGUACAAAGAAGAGUAUUUUACGGAAGGUAUCACUAAUGGCGCCAACUGGUACAAUGUGCCUGGUGGAAUGCAAGACUGGAAUUACUUGCACACCAAUUGUUUUGAGGUGACAAUUGAGCUGGGCUGUGUGAAGUACCCCUGGGCUAAGGACUUGCCUGGAUAUUGGGAGCAGAACCGACGAGCCUUACUAAAGUUCAUACAUCAAGUGCAUACAGGUGUGAAGGGCACAGUGUCUGACAUAAGUGAUGGCACAGGGAUCCCUAAUGCCACUAUAAGUGUUCAGGGCAUAGACCACAAUAUCACCACUGCUCUAACUGGUGACUACUGGAGACUCCUGAUCCCCGCAACAUACUCUAUCACUGCGUCUGCUUAUGGGUAUGAACAAGUAAAAACUUAUGCUACAGUUUCCAAGGAUGGAGUUGAGGUGGUGGACUUCAGAUUGAAACGCCUCCACUCUGACACUAAUAGACCGGCUCACAGCGGCCCUCAGCCCACUCAAAAUCCAUCUGAGAAGGAAUUUCAGAGUCUAAUCAAAGAGCUGUCUGUGGGACAGGGUUUGGACCAGCUGGUGAAAAACACAACCACAGAAAGCAGUUUCCGAUACCGCCGUUAUAAAGAGAUGUCUGGAUUUAUGAGAGGCCUUAAUCUUAACUUCCCUAAAAUUACAUCUCUACGAAGUCUUGGUCAAAGUGUAGAGAUUCGGACCAUCUGGGCUCUUGAAAUUUCCAACCGACCAGGUGAGGCAGAACCAUCUGAACCCAAAAUUCGAUUUGUAGCAGGAAUCCAUGGCAAUGCCCCUGUUGGAACUGAGCUGCUGCUUGAAUUUGCUGCCCUUCUGUGUAUCAACUAUGGCAAAAAUCCAGCCAUCACUAGACUCAUUAACAACACCCGGAUUGUGAUUGUGCCUUCAAUUAAUCCUGAUGGACGAGAACAAGCUAUUGAAAAACAAUGCACCUCUACCCAAGGUCUGACAAAUGCUCAUGGCAAAGACCUGGACACUGAUUUUUUUGGAAAUGCCUCUCAGCGUGUUGUAGAACCCCAGCCCGAGACCAGAGCAAUGAUGGAUCUAAUUCAAGAGAAAGGAUACACACUCUCUAUAGCCCUAGAUGGAGGCUCACUUGUUGCUACUUAUCCCUAUGAUAAGCCUGUCCAGACGGUUGAAAAUGAAGGCACUCUGAAGUAUCUGGCUAAUGUUUAUGCCAGGAAUCAUCCGAAGAUGCACCUUGGCAACUCUGGAUGUUCUAAUAAUGGGCAAUCAAGUAAUAUUCCUGAUGGAGUCAUGAGGGCAGCAGAGAGACAGAGUCACAUGGGCAGUAUGAAGGACUUCAGUAUGGACUUUGGUCACUGUCCUGAAAUUACAGUGUAUACAGGCUGCUGUUUAUUCCCCCCAACUGACCAGCUGGCCACCCUUUGGACAGAGAACAAGAAAGCGCUUCUUAGCAUGCUGGUGGAGGUCCACAAAGGGGUUCGAGGUGUUGUACGAGAUAAGAGUGGAAAGCCUAUUCCCGGUGCCAUCAUAGUACUAAAUGGUGGAGUUAGAAUUUUUACUGGAGAAGGAGGAUACUUCCAUGCACUUCUGGAGCCAGGCAGCCAUAGCAUUGAAGCUGUGGCAGAGGGCUACCAACAACAACGUCAGGAGGUGGUUGUGCAUUCAUAUGAUGCAGCAAACUGGAUAUUUAUUGAGUUUGACAUGGACAAUAGCAUAUUUGGGUUACCAAGAGAGUUUGUGGUUGCUAGUGCAGCUGCAUCCAUGACUGCAUUAGUGGUGACAGCGUGCAUCAUAUGGUGUGUAUGUGCUGCCAAAUCCAACCGCCAAAAAGACGGGUUUCACCGUCUGCGCCAGCAUCGUGAUGAUUAUGAAGAUGAAAUUCGGCUCACGUCAAUGGGCUCCAAGAAAUCCCUGCUCUCACACGAGUUUCAAGAUGAGAGUGAAAGUGACGAGGAAACAUUAUAUGCCAACAAAAUCUGACCGCGCUUUGAAAUCAAGGGAUAACUCUUCUAUCAUAUUCUUUUAUUUCAAAUUGAAGCCCUUGUAACAAGGAACUGAUUUAUGAUUAUAAACUGAUGGUGAAAGAUGCUGUUUUCAGCAUCACCACAUGUGACUGCUCACUUUUCUACUGUGCCCACUGGAGAAUUCCUUUUUAACUGGUUUGCCUCCUGAUUAAGAGGGAGGCUUGGAAUGGAUGACAUUGGAAGAAUGCUGCUCGUUUCCUGAUCAGAUUGACCAACUUGAACUAGAUGUUCCUGGAUUAAAAUAAACUGCUCAACAAUUGUUUUAAUUUUGAGAAUGAACUCUCUGGAAGUAGUGAGCAGCUAUGCCAUUUAAAAUAUUUAAUAUUUCCUUUUUAUUCUAUACUGUGCCUUGGCUUUUGUAACAUUUCAGCCUGAUUGGGAUUGUAGUAUGUAGUCAGAAAACAAAACACUUGUUUUUCAUGGGGUGGACUCAUGAAAAGUAAUGAUUAAAUUAUUAUUUUUUUGUUGCACUGUUUCUGUGCAGAUGCUGUGUUCGCCAUUGUGGGAAGGCAAUUUCCAUCGCAGAAUGAAAAAAAUAUGAAUAUUUCUAAAUUUGUUAAAAACUUAAAUUUAGGCUGAUAUGGCUUUCAGCUGAACGACAGAGAAGACAGACUGUGCAUUUGUUUUACAUGUCAAAUGUGUGAAUGGACUUUGUGUGAUGUGAAUAUUUUUAUAUGAACUACUGGAAGCAGAUGUACAGAUCUGCAUUUGAUCAUGUCAAAGACACUUUUUGUAAGUUUUUUUUUUUGUGUGUGGUCAUCAUGGCAUCAUGUUAUUCAGAAAAUAAAGAUUCAGGUCGUGUUUA